AUGACACCAUGUCUUAAGCAGAGUAACCAAGGGGAACUAAAUCACAGUGCCCUCCUAGGAUCUAAUUGCAUAUACAAUGGUUCUAUCUCAAAGAUUCAAAGACGAUUGCUAUUUUCAAUUUCAAAUAUUCUUCUUUUCAGAAAUGUGACAGGUUCUUUAUGUUGUACUAAUUAUGACAGAGACAGGAACGGGGAUUGUAACGUAUGUGCCCCUGGAUACUUUGGGAAAAUUUGUGAUACAGUUUGUCCACGUGGAAAAUUUGGUGAAGGCUGUGCAGGGGAGUGCACGUGCUCUCCAGAGGAUUGUGACCACGUGACCGGAUGUCCUCUUAUAAGCCAGCUUACAACCACACAGGCAGUUACAGGGCUUCAUCUGACAAAAAUACAUACUUCUACACCAUCAGUGUCAUCAGGAAUAAUAAUAACUAAGCUUCCUAUCUCUACCACAGAGAGUUACAAAAUAUCAACAUCACCAACGCUAAAGCCGUAUAUAACAAUAAAAAGCAGAACAAUUUUGUACUCAUCAGAGAUACAAACAACAGAAAUACCUACUGAUAGAACUACCGCGGGACAGUUUAACAGUAAUUAUACAAUCCUGGGUGUAGGAUUGAUAUUAGCUAUUCUUCUGAUAGUUAUCAUUGUACAGCUUCGAUUGAGAUCAAAAUCUUCACACAAAACAAUUUCAAAGGAAGAAGGGGGAGAAAACAAUGAAAUAAAUGUAUUGAGUGACUCUUCAAGAAAGCCGUUGGACAUCGAUAUAAAACAGUAUAGCAGAUUAGAAGAGGAUAAUUUUAAAGGUCACGUGUAUCAGCGUGUUGAGUCUGAGUAUCAGGAAAUUGAGGAAUGUUUAGAAAUGGUGGACAAUCCAGCUGUGCUCAAAAGUGGUCCUCGGUCAAAAAUGGACACGACAAGUGAAAGUAGUUGUUUGGAAAAUUAUAUAGAACCUGUUAUUUCAACAGAAACUAUUAGAAGACAACGGCAUUCGUACAUAGAAAUAUUGGAUACAGAAGUGUAUACCAGAGAUGACAACUUAAUUGAUAGAUCUAAUGAAAACUCAAGUAAAUCAUCGUCUUCAUAUGAUGAUGUGAUAAUCGAAGGUUCCACAGUUUCACCGGAAAUAGCUCACAGAGAUGACAAUACUUAUCUUGAUGUUCUCUUUGAAUGA